AUGCAGCGGGGGACGCAAGAGGGAGAGAGGAUGGGAGGGGAGGGGGAGGAGGAGAAGGGGAGAGGGAGAGACGAGGCCAUGAAGGUCGAAGGAGAAGAUAAGAUGGAGGAGGAUGAGGACGAGGAGAUCAGCUUCAAGUAUGUCUACAUCCCCUGCGACGAUGGCAAGGAGAUCCAGGAGUGCGUCAUGCGGGCUAAGAAGAGCCAGUCGAUGCAGUGCAUGCUCGACUAUCUCAGGCCUUACUUCGCGGAGGCAGCCAAGAUAAAGUCGGAGGAGCAGAGGAGGAAACUCAAAGAGAACAUUUCUGCUGAGCUUGCGAAGAACGCAGCUAAGGGAGGCAUGAAGUCCGACGACAUAUCAGCCACCAUGAUCGACAGCAUGACCGAGAGUCAGUUUGUUGACAUCGUUCCUCUCAUCCCAGCCGUAGCUGCCUGCAACUGGAUGUCCGUGACCAUGUACGUCGACGACAAGGGAUCAGCCAAGGAGCUCCCGGUGAAUGCUCGGGCCACUGCCAUCGUGUCCAUGGCAGGGGGAAGCGUAUCGGUGCUGGGAGAUGCGUUCGUAGCGCGAGCAUACGACAAUGAGGCAGAGGAUCUUGUAAGGCAUGACUUCCUCCUCGAGGAACUGGCGGCUGACGCCCCUUGGCUGCGAGAGGCAUGGAGAGUGAAGCUGAUCGUCGAGGGAAACCGGGACAGCAAGGGGAAAGAGGAUGAACACUUAGAUGAAGCUCGAAUUGUGUCUAAGGUGCUAGAGGAUGGCUUUCCUUUCGUGCCCCCCCUGCAUCAACCAGUCCACCAGGACGCUCGCAAGGAGGCAGCUGAGAAGAUCCGAGCAAAAGGCAACGAGUACUUCAAGCAGGGCAGUUUUGAGGAUGCUCUCUUUGAAUACUACAAAUCCGUUCGCUACCUCAGCAUCAUGCCAGCUGUCUUGGACGACAAAGCGACUGCUUCGCUGGUUUCGGCGCUGUCAAACGCUGCAGCUUGCUGGCUGAAGCUCGAGAAGUACAAAUUGUGUGACAAACUCUGCUCCAACACCCUCCAGCUGGAACCGAAGAACGUGAAGGCGCUUUUCAGGAAGGGCAUGGCUCUUCGUGGGAUGCAGCAGUGGCAAGAAGCUCUCACAGCUCUAGAGCAGGCGGCAAGUCUGAACCCCUCAGAUGCUGCGGUGGCAGCGGAGCGAGCGAAGGCUGAGAAGGAUGUGAAGAAACAUCUGUACGGGUGGUGA